GGAGUCAGCCUUGCGCAUGCGCGAGUGGAAGCUAUGGCGGGUCUGGCUUCCUGCGACACUCCGGAUCGUCCGGAUCCUGGUCAGGCGGAGCCGAAGUCGCCGCCUGCCUUGAAGCCGUGCUGCGCCUGUCCCGAGACGAAGCGGGCACGCGAUGCUUGCAUCAUCGAAAAAGGAGAAGAAAACUGUGGUCCUCUUAUCGAGGCUCACAAGGAAUGCAUGAGAGCCUUGGGUUUUAAGAUAUGAAUGGGAUGAACUACAGAUCUGAAUGUUUGGUUGGUGAUUUGCUGGUGGAUGAUUAGUUUGGGACUUGACUUCCAUGGCUGCUUGAAUAGUUUUUUAUGUUUUAUAUCAGAAGAGGAAUUUAUUGGAAGAUAUUUAUGAUAGAUACUAAAACCACAGCUUUAUUGUAUAUUCCUGUUACUGGAUCCAGGCUCUGUGAUAAUAUGAGAGAUUCUCCUUGAUACUUUUUCUGAAGAGUUCUAAUUUGAACAUUAUGAGAUUAGCUUCUUGUGAGAUGCUAGCAAGGCAAUACUAUCUAGAAAACAUUUUUGUGUUCUCUACUAAAAUGUAACAUAAGUACAAUCAAUAAAACAAAAUUCUCCAUUUGGACAACUCUA